GACCGAUGACGCGGAGGAGACCGUUGAUCGCGUGAGUUGAACGACAAAUGAAUUCACUUGAUGGGUGAAGUGCGAGGUCAAAUCUCUCUUGGAUGCCGCAGAACGAACGCACUCGCAGAAGCACAAUUCACAGAUGAAGAUACAGAUACGCACACGAAACACGCUGCAGAUACAAUGAACAACCAAUAAGCGAGGCAAAUUAGCAACACACUAAGAACUCACUGCCGUGUGUUUUUCUUUUCGGGCGUGUAAAAGUGAAAAUGCGAGUGGGCGGCGACGAACCGGCGACGACGAUGCGCGCGAUUUUCUCGCGUGGGGCUGGCGGAACGUUCAAGAUGGCACUGCCGGGCGAUCCACGCCGAUCGACUUGACAGUCCAUGGAGCCGCCCAGCGGACCCGUCGUUAUUUAUUCCGGAAUAUAAAUUAAAGGUAUAAAUAAUAUUUCGCGAAAUAAAAAUUAUGCAUGUUGUAUUUAUUUAGAAUUUAAUUGAGUUUGCCGGGGGCAGUCGGUGGCGUUCGGGGACCGGUCCUGUUGACCAUAAUUUAAAUCAAAACACAAAUUAAUUUGUCGCUCCUCUCUCACUGCACUUGCUGCUCUGUUUAAUUUCUCAAGAUUCCGCGGAAAACUGUCAGCCAAUGUCCACCGGACAGAGAGAGAGGAGAAAGUCGUGGGCGUCAUCGGAAAAACAGAGUGAAAAGUCGCAUCUCUUCGGAUCGCAGCCCCAGCAAUCUCCGAUCGAUUUGCAGCUUUUACGAGCUGUCCGAGCAGAACCAAGCGCAACCAUGGAAUGAAGCAUCUGUUUUUCUUUUAUUUACGACUCUUCCUAAUUUCUUCAGAUGGUCCAACAAUGCCACAUCGGUGUUUCCCCGCCAUAUAGGUGAUUUUCCUCUAUUAUUUUUAUUUUCCCGUGACAUGUUGUCAGGCGGAUUAGUUUGGCCGUUAGUUUGACAGGCUCUAUAAGUAGACACUCAAGUGGGUGGCAAUCUAAUUUGGCUGCGCUGCUCGAACAAUUUGAAUAUUGCUCGGGGGAUUAAUGGGUGUGGAUAUGACCCAUUUGGGUUGCACUCUAUAAAUUAAACGUC